GAAGUCAAUGAGCUUAGAGUCUUUGAGCCAGUGAGUGGUAGGAGUGGGCUCAAAUGUCACAUGCUGGGGAAGGGGAAAGAGGGAACUACUUGUACUUCCCCUGCUCAGGAUGCCUCUUUUCAAGCCUCUAGACAGGUGGCAGAGUGGGAGGGAAUUCACUGGCAUGCAUUUUGUGUUUUGGGUCAGGGCAGUAGAACCUAACUUAGGUUUCAUCGUAUCUCCAUUAUGGAGAGAAAGGGGCUGCAUCUGCCGCCUGAUGCUUCUGCCUGUGUAAUAUGGGCACUUUUACCACAAACUUGUAUUUUAUGAAGGAAAAUUUCAGAUGCUAACAUAUACUACAGUUCAGCCACUUUGUCUCUACUUUCCUUCUCAUUCUCAGCCACUAGGUUCAUCACACAAACUUCAUAGCUUUUCUUUUGGGGAUUUGUAUUCACAUUUCUCGCUGAAGUAUUUCUUCUGCAAGCAGUGUGUACCAUAAGGAAGUAGAGCGGCAUUAGGAAAUCUAGAUUCCAGUUAACUUUGCUACCAAUUUUGUUGGGUAAGUCAUGCGUUCAGUAGAUGAGAGUGAAGAUAGCAGAUUUGUAAGAGUUGCCUAAGUUAGAAAAUGGAUUCUCGCGUGAUCUUUGCUACUCCACGCCCCUCAUCAUCAUUUUAGGGAAACUAUCAAGGGAAAAAAAGUUAAUGAUGUAAGAAACAGUGGGUAUGAGUUUGGGUGUGUAUGUAGUGUGUGUAUAUUCUGUGUGUAUGUGUUAGUAUGCACUUUCAAAACCUUUCUAUGUUCUGAACCAUCUUAAAUCAGAAAAAAACUGAUAAUUGUCCUGUGAUUUUCCUCUCAGACCCAUGUUCGUAGACUGAGCAAGUCCCCUUUGGAGGGCUCUGGAACCCGCACUUCCUGUGUGUAAACCAAAGGACUCCUGGGUAUUUGCUGCCUUUUCCUAGAGCACAGUCCUGGAAAGUCUGCCAUUGGUGCUUCUGGGGGGACGAUUAGUCAAGAACGCUAGUAAACUUCUUUUGGUCUCAUUUUCCUUUUCUUAAUUUCCUGUUUUUAGUUUGAUAAUGCUGAUGUUAUAAGGCAACAAUUCACUGGAUUUGGAAUUGGAAAUCCCUUGAGCAUUAUUGGGGGCCACAAAGGAAUCGAAAGAAUAAACAGAAAAAAGACAAGCUAUGUGGGUAAAGUCAGUAAAGAAUUUGCCUCAAAAAUCCCAGCUAGCCAGGUUAUAUCCAAAGCUGUGAAAUUAAUAUCUAAUUUGAAAAGAAAUCUUUCCUGUUGAGCUGUUCAGUCAGUUACUGCGUUCACUCUCAGAGAGCCCUGUAAGCGUGCUGCCUUUCUCUCAUCUUCCCACAGCCAGUUUCCGAAUUCUGCAUGUUUCCUCUGUCUCUUUCUUGGUCCAGGCCCUGGAGCAUGGUGCUUGCAGUCUUUAGACUUUCUCUUUCUGCCUCUAAUUUUGUACACACACCAUCCCACCCCUUUGUGUUGCAUACUCACUGCUUCUCUCACUGGUACAAAGGAGAAGAUACUGUGUUCCAGAUUGCCCAGUGUCUUCAGGCUGUGAUUGGGUUAUUAUACCCCUGCAUUGACAGGCAUCUAGGAGAACCACAUAAAUUUAAAAGAGAGUGGUCCAGCGUAAUGCGGUGUGUAGCCGUCUUUGUUGGUAUAAAUCAUGCCAGUGCUAAAGUGGAUUUUGAUAACAACAUACAGUUGUCUCUUACCCUGGCUGCACUCUCCAUUGGACUGUGGUGGACUUUUGAUAGAUCUAGAAGUGGUUUUGGCCUUGGAGUAGGAAUUGCUUUCUUGGCAACUGUGGUCACUCAACUGCUAGUCUAUAACGGUGUUUAUCAAUAUACAUCUCCAGAUUUUCUCUAUGUUCGUUCUUGGUUACCGUGUAUAUUUUUUGCUGGCGGCAUAACAAUGGGAAACAUUGGUCGACAACUGGCAAUGUAUGAAUGUAAAGUUAUUGCAGAAAAAUCUCAUCAGGAAUGAAGAAGGCAAAAAGUAUCUUUUGAACAGAGUAACAAGAUGAAAAAGACAUGUAAAUGAUAGAUAUACCAACAGAACUUUGGACUGUAAAAUUGCCAGGAUGCAGUUUUUCUCCUUGAUUGGUGUGUAUAUGUAUGUAUACACACGCAUAUAUAUAUUACUGCAAUCUGUGAUUGCUUCAUCUGUAAAUCAGUUAUAAACCUUUAUGUAUUUGACUUAAAUAACUGUAAGAUAUAUAUGCACUACAUUAAAAAGUUGAUUAAUAGAUGAAAUUUUUAAAUUAAUUUUUUAAACAUACCAUUCAUUGUAUCUCAAUAUUGAUGUGCCAAAAUAUGCUGUUACUGUCAUGCAGAGUAUAAGAAUGCUUUGAACAAUUUAUAAACUUAGUGAAAUAAGAGGAAAGCCAAAAAGCCAAAAAAAAAAAAAAAAAAGCAAAUGAGAAGCUGGUAUUUUCUCUUUUACUUGCUGUUGUGCCUUUUAUUUUUCUAAUCGCAGCAGUAUGAGUUAUGAGUGUCCUAAGGUGUGGUUAGUUUCUAUUUUACUGUGGUUUCAUGGAGUUUUGAGUAUGUAACAUGGUAAAAAAUGAACUACUGUACAAUGAUUUCAAACCUGCAUUACUGGAGAGAGCCUAAAGAGUAUUGUUUUUGCUUGUUUUAUAUUUUAUUGGAAGUAUAUGUGAUGAGCAGGAGAGGUUAUCCGCGUUAAAUUGUUUAGAGUCUAAAUAUGGAAGAGUCUAUAUAAGUAAAAGUAAGGACCACUAGGAAAUUUAACUGGAAUAAAUAUAUGUUUUGGAAAUACAAAGUGAACCUCCUAUAGUGCCAUAAAGUGUAAAGUGAUAUUAGCUGUCAUUUGCAAUGCAGGAUCUCACUACUUGUGCACAUGGAACAUAUAAGAAACUAACUGAUCAAAAUGAAAUUUUUAAUUUUGCUGGGUUUUAGAAAGCAAACCACUUUAGCUGGGCUCAUAUGACUGAUUGUGAAUGGAAUGUCUGGAUUUUCAACCUUAUCAUGUGUGGUCUGAGGAAUGGAUGGGUACAGAACUUCUUGUGUGUCCAUAUGACCAUAGUGAGUAGUUCAAGACUAUUUAUGAAUGACUUGUGAUGGCAUUCUGUGCAUGUUAAAGAUCUUGCAAAUGGUUUGGGACAUAUUUUUUCCAAUAACUAGCUUCAUUCAAAUAUGGCUUAAAUAUAUUCUUAGAUAACUUUUUUUCCCUCAAGUUUUGCUUUUGAUGACAAUUAUCUGAUACAUCAGGGGAAAAUCUUCUGACUACUCUAAGGGUGUGUGUGUGCGUGCAUGCACGUGUGUGUUGGAGUGAGUGAGAGAGAGGAUGUGUAUGUGCAUGGGCCUAUGCUUUCCUAGAAUGUCACGUAGAUAUUUAAAAUUUUUGGUUUUAAAUGGUUGCUGUCAGACUGAGUCUUAUAUGCCAAACUUUAAUCUGCUUUUAUGUUUUCAGGCUGAAAAUAUGAAAAUCCUAAGAGGAUUUCAUAUGGAAUAUAUAUACACAACCUUAACUAUCGUGGUGGAAAACAUACUGCUGUAAUUUAUUAUUCUAUCUUCCAGAUAAUGGUAUUCAUUUAGAACAAAAUAAGGUAUAUUUUUAGAAUCAACUUUGUAAGCAUUAUAAAAUCUUUAAUAAGUCAUAAGGUCUAUAAUGUGUUUGCUUUAAAAAUUGCUGUUAAAAGCAAGAUGUAUUAAAUACAUAAUUAUACUCU